AUGAUCAUUAUCCACCGUACUCGGACCACCGCGAACAUCCCUUUUACCGAAGGGGAUCAUGUGUACCGGCUGAACCUGAGCAACAUCAGCCACUCCAGCUGCAAGGAUUCCAUAAAUCUGGAACCGUCAAACAUUAUGAGCUGCACGUCUAAAGGAAAAUCUGAGAAUUUCGAUUGCCGAAACCACAUCCGAGUCAUCCAGUCAAUCGGUGACGGUAGCCGGAUAUACAUUUGCGGCACAAACGCACACAAUCCAAAGGACUACGUGAUCUACUCCAAUCUGACACAUCUUCCCAGACACGAGUACGUGCCCGGCGUGGGUCUGGGCACGGCCAAGUGUCCGUACGACCCGCUGGACAACUCGACGGCCAUUUGGUCGGAAAAGGGCAAUCCUGGACAAUUGCCGGCUCUGUACAGUGGCACCAACGCCGAGUUCACCAAAGCGGACACAGUUAUCUUCCGGACGGACCUGUACAACUUGACCUCUGGUCGCAAGGAGUUCGCGUUCAAGAGGACCCUCAAAUACGACUCCAACUGGCUCGACAAACCAGACUUUGUGGGCUCCUACGACAUCGGCCAAUACGUAUUCUUCUUCUUCCGCGAGACAGCCGUCGAGUACAUCAACUGCGGCAAGAGCAUAUUUUCCCGCGUGGCCAGGGUGUGCAAGAAAGACACGGGUGGCAAGAGCAUACUUAGCCACAACUGGGCCACGUACCUGAAGGCCCGGCUCAACUGUUCCAUACCAGGAGAAUAUCCGUUUUACUUCAACGAAAUCCAGAGCAUUUACAAGGUACCGGACGACGAUACACUUUUCUACGGCGUUUUCACCACGUCCACUACCGGUCUGAUGGGAUCGGCCAUAUGUACUUUCCGGCUAGAGGACAUCGAUCACGCUUUCGCGGGCCGAUUCAAGGAACAAGCCAGCUCCACGUCGGCCUGGCUACCGGUACUGUCUACCAAGGUACCGGAACCCAGACCCGGGCAGUGCGUCAACGACACCGAGACUUUGCCAGAUUCCGUAUUGAAUUUCAUCCGCAGUCACCCUCUCAUGGACGAAGCGGUGGCUCACAAAGACAACGAACCGGUAUUUUACUUGCGUGACUUGUUCUUUACCCGUCUCGUAGUAGACGUUCUCGAUUACGUCGUGUUCGGAAAUCAUCUGCACUACACCGUCUAUUACGCCGCUACAAACGAAGGCCGCGUUUACAAAGUGGUGCAGUGGUAUAACGACGAAGGUGUACCCGGAUCUGCUCUUCUGGACAUAUUCGACAUCAUGCCCGGUCUGCCCAUCACGGCGAUGGAAAUAUCCAGAAAGCACAAGGCCCUGUACGUGGCUUCCGACGAGAGCGUCCGACAGAUAUACUUGUCAAUGUGCACUCACCGGUACGACAGCUGCUUGCGGUGCGUCCACGACCCGUACUGCGGAUGGGACAAGCAGACCAAGACCUGCAAACCCUACCAGCCAGGGCUCCUUCAGGACGUGACCAACUCGUCGCGGAGCGUGUGCGAGAGCUCGGUGGUCAACAAGAGGCUGACCGUGACGUUCGGCCAGAGCGUACACCUCAGCUGUUUCGUGAAAAUGCCGCAAGUGCUGAAAGUGUACCCGGUCACCUGGUACCAUCACAGCAAGGAGAAGGGACGGUACAUGGUCUCGUUCAGCCGAGUGGAAAAAUACAUCGCGACCGUCGAAGGUGGCAUGGUGAUCGUCGGAGCGUCCGAAGAGGACGGCGGCCGGUACGACUGUCAGCUGGCCGGCGCCCUGUUGUGCACGUUCAACUUGACGGUGGACGCUCACCGGUGUUCUCCACCGGCCCGAUCGGCGGACUACCAUCGGGUGUACUCGGACUGGUGCCACGAGUUCCAGAAGUACAAGAGCGCAAUGAAAUCUUGGGAGAAAAAACAAGCUCAAUGCAGUAGCUCAAGGCAAAACGAUACCGCUAUCGCCCAGGGUCUCCUGUCAAACGAAUUAAACGCAAGCCCGGCCCUAUAA